AUGAAGACUUCAGUAAAGAAUAGUACAUGGGGUCUUGUUACUCUCCUUGUUAGGAGCAAACUAGUUGGAUGCAAAUGGAUGUUCACUAUAAAGCAUAAAGCUGAUGGUUUGAUUGAGAGGUAUGAGGCCAAAUCGGUGGCAAAGGGAUUCACACAGACAUAUGGGUUUGAUGUUAAGAAUGCCUUUUUGCAUGGAGACUUAAAGGAAGCAGUGUAUAUGGAAAUUCCUCUACGUUUUGAUGAUGAGAAAACCAAAAGGAAGUUGCAACAGGAGAUUAUAAGAAAGAAAUUUCCCUUCUAA